CCCCACCUUUCCGGGUAGCCAUGGCUUGGGUAGUCGGUCGACUGAUUCGGUGCUGGUGUCGGACAUCGGUCGGGGGGGUCAGGUACAGGGAACAUAUUUCAGGAGAAACAGAGCGUUUUGGUAUAUACGGAUUGGCAGCCCUUAGAAAUCAGCCUGCCUGUCUGCAGCUCCCUGAAGGUCCCGGCACUUCAGCUGCACGUGAGCAAAACAGCAAUGGGAGCCAGUCAGAAGGAUUUUGAGAAUGCGAUGAAUCAGGUGAAACUGUUGAAGGAGGACCCAGGAAAUGAAGUGAAGCUCAAACUCUAUGCACUCUAUAAGCAGGCCACUGAAGGACCUUGUAAUACACCCAAACCAGGUGUGUUUGACUUGAUCAAUAAGGCCAAAUGGGAGGCAUGGAAUGCUCUUGGCAGUCUGCCCAAGGAAACUGCUAGGCAGAACUAUGUGGAUUUGGUGUCUGGUUUGAGUUCUUCGUCUAACUCCUCUAGCCAAGCGAAGCCUGAAGCUGACAGGAAACAAGCUGGAUAUGAAACAGUGGUGAUGACCUCUGAAGACGGCAUCACAAAGAUCAUGUUGAACCGGCCUGCCAAAAAGAAUGCAUUGACCGAACAGAUGUAUCAAGAAAUCAUGCUUGCACUUGAAGCCGCGAGCAAGGAUGACUCUACCAUAACCGUUUUAACAGGAAAUGGAGAUUAUUACUCUAGUGGAAAUGACCUGAGUAAUUUCACUAAUAUUCCUCCUGAAGGAGUAGAGGCGAAAGCUAAAAAUAGUGCCAUUUUACUGAGGAAUUUUGUAGGCUCUUUCAUAGAUUUUCCUAAGCCUCUGGUUGCUGUGGUCAAUGGUCCAGCUGUGGGAAUCUCCGUCACCGUUCUCGGGCUAUUUGAUCUUGUGUACGCGACCGACAGGGCAACAUUUCACACUCCUUUUAGUCACCUUGGCCAAACUCCAGAAGGUUGUUCCUCUUACACUUUUCCGAAGAUAAUGGGCCCAGCCAAGGCAGCAGAGAUGCUCAUUUUUGGGAAAAAGUUAACUGCUGGAGAAGCCUGUGCUCAAGGACUUGUUACUGAAGUUUUUCCUGAUAGCACCUUUCAGAAAGAAGUUUGGACCAGGCUGAAAGCAUAUUCAAAGCUCCCCCAGAAUGCCUUGCGUAUUUCAAAGCAGAUCAUCAGAAGUCAGGAGAAAGAAAAGCUGCACGCUGUUAACGCCAAAGAAAGCAGCAUCCUCCAGGAAAGAUGGCUGUCAAGCGAGUGCAUGAAUGCCAUCAUGAACUUCUUCUCCCAAAAAGCCAAGCUGUGAUGCCUGUUACAGCAGUGUUAUGCGUUUCAAAGGAAGGGAUGUGCUGUCAUUUCUGAUUUUCAAUACUUGAACUAAUAAACUGUGCCUUUUCUCUGCGCUAACAUAUCAUUUAUGAUUAUCAUAGUUCACUAGAGCCCUGAUGACAAAUGAGUUAUGUACCAGAAGCUUUAAGAAUUUAUGUAAGAUUUGGGUCAUAGGGAGUCUUACAUCUUUUGACAUGAAUCUGUGUUGCCAGGAGCACUGAAACAUGGUGCCUGGGGUCCUGCUUUGAAAAGCAUUCACAGCAUUGCAAGCUGAAGUCAUGUCUUUGAACACCACGAUAGCGCUUUGCCGACCACAGAGGGUGACGGACGUAAUUGGCCCAAACACCAACAGCCUCUGGAUCACUGACUGAAGGUCUUCCGUGGGUUGCAUGUUCUUCUUCAACCACCUAGCAAGGGAACAAAUGGAGCAGUAGUAGUAUUAGAAAAGAAAUUACAAUCUUAGUUCCAUGUUUUUCCCCAUAACUUAAUAAAAAGGCAAGAAGGGAAGAUGGGGCUAUUUCACUGGAAAUAAAAGCAGUGAUCUGGAUCAGCUAUUAUGUAAUUAUGUAUGACAUAGUUCUUGUCCAAUGUGGUAUAUUAUGAAAGGCAUACGUACAAACUCCCUUAACCAUCCUUGUAACGUCCUGUUUUGAUUAGUGCCAGAUCUAUUGAGAAGGACGAGGGCGUAAUUCCAGUGACUGCCAAACUGGCAUGAAAUAUUUUGCUCUCCUAAAUACCCUCAUUUCUACAGAAGCCAAACAUCUACAGCAAACCAGUGAAUGUCCAACAAAGAAAAUAUACAUUGAAAAUUGUAGGACACUGUGUGGUGGUCUGUCUUGCCCUUGCCCCACCCGCUACCCUGCAUGGUGUGGUUGGAAGAAAUGCACCUAAUUCCUAGCUCCCUGCCUUGGGAUGGAAGGAACAGAUAGAACUUUGUUUGCAACCUUCUGGGCUGUGUGGGGGCUGCCUGAGGGACUGUUUGCUGUCUUGCCUGGCUCACAGUUCAGGAGGAAAAGGUUGGCGUAGUCUGGAUGGGAGUCAAGAACCCCAAGAAGCAGUGGCAUGCAAUGAAACAUGAAAGGUACAGCUGACUGCAUACCCUCCAAUGUGGGGAGGGAAAUCACAGCAAAGGAAUCAUAUAGAGCUCUUAAGGCCCUGACAAGAAGCUGGAGACUCUAGACAUUGAAAGCAGCCGAGGAAAAAUUAAAAACAAACAAAAAAACCUAAAACAAACAAACAUACAGGCCUAGACAGGAAGCAUGCCCAGAAAAUACCUGAGAAGACCUGGGCUAAGCUGAAGACUCACAGGCCCACUCAUGAGAGAAGGUCUACCCAUCAGUGGAAGAGGAACUUGUUUUUGCAAAAAUGCCCAAUUUUCAACAAAGGAUUAUAAGGUGUGCAAAGAAACAAAAACAAUCCACUAGAAGGAGGGAAAAUUCUGGAAAUAUUCCCCCCCCCCAAAAAAAGUGAUCAGAUUUACUAGAUAAGGACUUCAAAACAAAUGUCGAAUACCUCAAAAGAGCUAAAGGCAACCAUGGACAAAGAACUAAAGGACAUCGGGAAAGCAGCACGUGAAGAAAAUACAAGUAUUGACAAAGGAGGUGCACAUUAUUAUUUUUUUAAACCAAACAAAUCCUGGGCUGGAAAUUAUAAUUACUGAAUGGAAGAAUUCACGAGAGGGGGUUCAACAUCAAACUCAAAAAGUAGAAGAAAAAUCAGCAAACUUAAAGAGAAGUUGUUUGAAAUGAUCAAGUUCAAGGAGCUAAAAGAAGAAAGAAUGAAGAAAAGUGGAUAGAGUCUAAAAGGCUUAUGGGACCAACUCCACCAAGCCAACCAAUGUACACACAAUGGGAGUCUUAGGCAGAGAAGGAGUGAGGUGGACAAGGAGGAGAGAAAGGGCCAGGGUGGUUAUUUGAAAAAAAGAUGGCUAAAAAAAAAAAAAGAAUGGCUAAAUUUGAGGAAAGAUGUGAAUAUACUAAUCCAAGAAGUACAAUGAACUUUAAGUAGGAUCCACACAAAGAGACCUACAGUGAGACAUGUUAUAAUCAGAUCUGUCCAAGACAGAGGGGAUCUUGAAAGCAGCAAGAGAAAAGCAACUCAUCACAUAAAGUGAUCUCAAAAAAGAUCAUUAGAUUUCUCACCAGAAACCUCAUGGUUCAGAAGGCAGUUAGGAUGACAUAUUUAAAAUAGUGAGAUAACCUACAUCUGGCAAACUGUACAUCUUCAAAGAUAAGGAAGAAAUUUAAGACAUUCCUGCACGAAAACGGGAUGUUCAUUACCACUACAUCUGCCCCCACCAGAAAUACUAAAUGACGUCCAAGUUGAAAUGAAAGGAUAGUAACUCAAAGCCACAUAAAUAUAUAAAGUUCUCCAGUGAAGGUAAAUACAUGCACAAAUAUAAAAAUAGCAUUUUUAUAAUUUUGGUUUGCAAAUCUACUUUUUCUAUAGGAUUUAGAAGACAAAUGCAUAAGAUGUAAUUUAUUUAUAUCAAUGGAUAUGCAACGUAUAAAAGUAAUAUGUAACAAAUAACAUUAAGUGGAGGGGUGGAGCAGCAAUUGAGUUCAGUUGGUAAUAAUUAAAGGUACAUUGUUAUAGAUUGUUACAACUACAUAUGAGAUACAGUUAAUAAUCUGUAAUACAGAUUGUUAUAACUUUAGGAUGUUAUUAUGUAAUGCCCAUGGUAACCCCCCACCCCCGCACACAAAUACCCAUAGAAGGUACACAGAAAUGAAAAGAGAAUUAAAAUGUGUCAGUAUAAUAAAUUAACUAAACACAAGGGGAAGCAGUAAUGCAGGGAAUGAGGGAACUAUGUAAAACAUACAGAAAACAACAUGGCAAAAGUAAGUGCUUCCCUAUGAAUAAUUAACUUCAAAUGUAAAUGGAUUGAACUCUCCAAAAACCACAGACUGAUAGAAUUGAUAAUAAAACCAGUCAGGAUUCAGUUAA